AUGCAUCGCAGCAGACCAAACAGAGUCACCACCCUCCACGGCAUCGGCGUCGAUAAAAUGGGAGACAUCGCCGACAAACAGAAAUCAAACCAGCCAAAGUCUUCAGACAGUCAGAAACAUGAAAAAUUGCUACGCCUCGAGAACCUCGACGUGGAUAUCCCACCCGACCCCAUCGUAGCACAAACGACUUCCGCCGCAGCCAUCAGUGACGAUGAUAACAGCUACCUACCAUUUCUCGGGCAGCUGGAGCUGCGAAACGCAGUUGCCGCGCAUGUGAGUUCCAUGACCACCGGGAUCGUAGAGUACACCGGUGAGAAAAACUGCAUCAUCUCUGCGGGAGGCCUGAGUGGGAUCCUGAACGUGUUGCUGGCCACGGUGGAAGACGGCGACGGCGUACUUUUAAUGGAGCCCGUGUAUGCGGGCUUGUUGAACCGCGUCCGUCUUGCAGGUGGUGUUCCAGUUCUGGUUCCGUUCAGCUUUCAUGCUGGGCAGUCGUGGACUUUGGACCUCGAACGGUUGAGAGAAGCCGUGGAAUCUUCGGAGUCAAACAUCACGACAAUGGUCCUGAUGUCUCCGUCCAUGCCGACUGGUGCGUACUUGCAUGAGCGAGAUUGGGCACUGAUCGCAGAGUUGUGCGUAAAAUAUGAUAUUCUGCUCAUCCUCGAUGCGGCGAUGGAGAGGCUUCUCUUCGACGGACUACCAGUUAUUCAUCCGGCGGGUCUACCUGGGAUGGCCGAGCGAACGAUCACUAUCGGCUCGGCAUCGAAGGAACUGCGGAUGAUAGGUUGGCGAGUAGGAUGGAUCGUUGGACCUGAGCAAAUCAUGCAAGAUGUCGCAUUGGUCUCGAUGGCGAAUGUGGUUGUGCCAGUUGGGAUUACGCAGAAGGCGGCGAAAGUAGCGCUGGAGAGAUCUAAGACGACACUACAAGAGUACGUGAAUGAAUUACAGUUUCGGCGGGAUCUGGUAAUGGAGGAGCUCAGUGGGUUACCCUUUGGAAAGCCUGAUGGAGGUUGGUCAAUGUUGUUGCGCGUGGAUACGAUGAAUUGGACGGCUGAUAAUGCUGCGGAGGCUCUUUUGAAAGCAGGCCUCUGUGUGACUCCGAUGAUGGGUUGGGGGACCAACGAUGAGGCUCAGUAUAUACGGAUUGUGUACUCGAAUGAGCCACGAGAGCGAUUGAAUGGGUUGGGAGUGAAGGUUCGACAAGCUUUAUUGGGAGAAGAUAGAGUUUGA